ACUCUCUCUAUAUAUCCUCUGUUCAUCAUUUCAGUUUCACACACACACAGAGCCAUUCAUUCCAAUAAUCAAUUAUAUGGAAAACAAGAAGAGGAGAAAGGAGAGUGAUGAUGAUGACAUGGUAGAAGAAGAUGAAGAAAAGAAGAUGGACAAGUUUUACUCACUCUUGCGGAGCUUCAAAGACGCUCGUGAUCGCAGACAAAAGGAGCUUCAACGCAUGAACAAGAACAUGAUGCACAAGACAUCAACUAAUAACAACAUUAACAUUUGGGUGCCAUCUUUUGAAGAAGGGGAUUUCGCAACACAGGAGCUUCAUCAGUUCGUAAGACCACUUCCAACAACAACAACCACAUCUCUAUCUCCAACCAUUCCCAAUCCGUGUCAACACAGCAAAAUUAAUAAGGAGCAACAUCACCACGAUGAUGCUAUCGACCUCAACCUCUCUCUCUAGCUUCCUUCUUUUUCAAUGCUAUCGCACUAUAUAUUAAUUAUAUACAGUAUCAUUCAAUCUAGCAGUAAUGUAAGGAAAUUUAAUUUACAAUUAAUUUGGUCUUUGAGUCCAUGGAUGAAUCCGGUUUUUUUAUA